UUGACAGAGUAAGUUCACUCAGAGAGAAGGGUCCUGUACUGUUCCAUAGAGAAAGGAGAGAGUGUGUUUGAGAGAGCCAGUGAGUUUCUUGGGAGUGCUUUGACUCUCUUUCUGUCCCAGGAGAGUAGGAGGGAGAUGAGUUGUCCCGCUGAAGCUCUGAAGGGCUGACUGUUCCCCACCCCAUCUCAUCUCUGUGCCUGACUGUGUGACCUGACCCUCCAGUCCUCCUCAACAGCACACCUAAUCUGAUUCUGCAGCUCUCUCUCCGAAGCUGCCAGCACCAUGAGCUCGUCUGGGGCAAACCUCCACAACAAGCGUCUACCCUCGGAGACAGAGCAUGCUCAAAGAGUCCCAGAAUUGGACUCAGCCCAGCAGCUGAAACUGAGAGAGAGACAGCGCUUCUUUGAAGAGGUAUUUCAGCACGAUGUGGACGUCUACCUGUCCUCUGCCCAUCUGCAUAUUCAUGACUAUAAGAGACCUCCCAUUGGCAGCGUCUCGUCCAUGGAGGUGAAUGUGGACAUGCUGGAGCAGAUGGACCUUAUGGACAUCUCUGACCAGGAGGCCCUGGAUGUCUUCCUCAACUCUGGAGGGGAUGAGGGGGUGCUGGCCUCCCCUCUGCCAGGUAAAGUUCAUGGCAACAACAACAACAAUGAGGUCAUCAGCCAGGGACGCUCUCCCCACAACACAGGUGGUUGUGUGGGGAAGUCCCGCAUGUCCUCCACCUCCUCCACAUCCUCCACCAACAGCCAGAACACCAAUGAGGAUGGAAGGGAAACCCCUGUAGUCCAAUCAGAUGAUGAGGAUGUGAAUGUCGGCACACUCUUGCUGAUGGGAUCAACCCCAGGGAAAGAUGAGAAGGAUCGGCCCAUCUUCUCUUCAUAGAGGCCUUGCUUCACUUCCAAUAUUCACUAACAUUUUGGACAUACUGGUGCUGACAAUUAUCACUGAAACGGGACACUCACACAUAGAGGUGUUCCAUGGACUGGCAACUAUCACUAUCACAACAUUUUCUUUACCCUUCAUUUAGUUUUGUCUGAACUGUAAAUAUAAGGCCAAAUCUUCUCAAAGCUUGCUGAUCUCCAUAUAUACUUCUGGCAUAUAGAUAACAAGAUAUUUACUUUUAUUUCCUCAUUUGAGAUUCUAGUAGGGUCUGGCGACGUGUGAUACGGACAUUUGAGGAAGUACAUUCCUGUGUGUACUCUACAGCUAGGAUAUGUACAUAAUAGAGUUGUGAAAAUACGCAACCAUGUAAGCAUGCUUUACUGUACUACAGACAGGGAUUUACAAUUGUGCAAUUACACACACAAAAACAUUCUUUAGAGAGUAACUGCAAUGCUGAGUAAAUCUGGCCCUUAGUUCCCGUAUUCCUCAAAAUGUUGAACCAAUCCCAAAACACAUGCCACAAAUAAAAACUAAGGAUGUACUGUAUAUAUUGCAUAGUGUUGCUGUCAUUUUGAUAUAUACAGUGCAUUCGGAAUUCAGACCCCCUUCCCUUUUUCCACAUUUUGUAAUGUUACAGCCUUAUCCUAAAAUGUAUUAAAUAAAACAAAUAUUCAUCAAUCUACAUACAAUAACCUAUAAUGAGAAAGUGAAAAACAUUUUUGGGAAAUUUUUGCAAAUGUAUGAAAAAAAUAAACAGAAAUAACUUAU